AUGGCAGACGAGCCGCCAAAGCUCGAUUCCGAGUUAGAGUCUUUCCGGCAACAAUGGCAAACUGAGUUGAAACACAAAAGGGAAGUCCCAGAAGCCCGAGAGCCUCGGUCGAAAAGGGAGGCUUCUUCAUCAUCCAAGCAAUCAGUUGCUGCAGAGAUUCCAAAGAGCGUGGUAGCCAAGAGGUCUCAAGUAGAAGAGGAUGAGGAGUAUGCACAAUCUCUUGUUUUCGAUGAACCGGCGCCUAUCGUUUCUGGUUCGAACCUGGAGGGGCAGUCUGGUCCCAGUACCAAGGAGGCCAAAGAGUUGGUUUCUGCCCUCGAUCACUUUGAGGAAGCUGUCGAGAAGGAGGCAAUCGGCAGCUUAGGGGACAGCCUGAAGCUGUACCGCAAGGCAUUUAGGAUGGAUAACAGAGUCGACUUGGCGUAUCGCAAGAAGCAUUUCCCUACUGGUGUCGCGAAAGCACCGCAGCCCUCAGCAUCGGGUCCAACGGCCGCCGCCGCGAGCUCGACAAGCAAGCCCGCAGAGACGCAGACAAUGAGUGAGCUGAUUGCUGGGUUCUCAGGUCUUUGUGUGUCGGCGGCGCCUCCGCCGGUGGAAGGAGACCCGGUGCCGCCAUGCCCCAUUGCCGGAAUGCCCGAGGAAAUCCUAGUCCACAUCUUCAAGGACGUGGCCGUCCUCGAUGUCGGCGAUUUUGUGCGGUUAUCACUUGUGUGCAAGCGCUUCGCCUACAUCGCAGCCACCGAGCAACAGAUUUGGCGCCGCAUCGCCCUUGGCACGGAAUUUGGCUUUGCCGGCAUGCACUACCACUGGCAACGGGGCGUCUCCUGGGAGCCGCUGGACGAAGAGCAAGAGCAAGACAACGGCGACCUCGGAUACGUAACCAUGCAGGAACUAGCGCAGCGCCGCAAAGAAGAGAGCGAGAACACCGCCCUCACCCUCCUGCCGGAGCUCUACGCCUCGUCCUGGCAAAACAUGUUCCGGCACAGGCCCCGGAUCCGCUUCAACGGCUGUUACAUCAGCACCGUAAACUACAUCCGCUCCGGCCAAGCCAACGCCAACCAAAUCACCUGGAACAGCCCCGUCCAUAUCGUCACCUACUACCGCUACCUCCGCUUCUUCCGCGACGGCACCGCCAUCAGCCUUCUCACCACCGACGAGCCCGCCCACGUCGUCCACUACAUGACAAAAGAUCUGCUCGAGCAUCACCGCGGCGGCGGCGGGGCGCACCUGCCAUCCGUCGUCUUGCAGCACGGCUUCCGCGGGCGGUGGCGGCUGUCCUCCAACCUCGACCACCCGGAUAGGCCGCUCGGCGAGGUCGAGGGCGACCUGGCUGUGGAGACGGAGGGAGUGGGCGCCAAGUACACCUACAGGAUGUAUCUAGAGAUGCGCAACGCCGGGAAGGGCGCGCGCAACACCAAGCUUGUCUGGAAGGGCUUCUACAGCUAUAAUAAGCUGACGGACGACCUGGGCGAGUUCGCGUUGAAGAAUGACAAGCCGUUCUUCUUCAGUAGAGUCAAGAGCUACGGCGUCGGGGAAUGA